AUGAGCAGGAAGCUGAAUACGCCUGCUGUGCUCACAUGCCAUGCCUCUCCGCUGUCACCGUCAUCGCCAUCGACUGCACAGCCGCCAUCACACCCAGCUGACACCAGCCUCAAUCUGGCCGUUGAGGAGGCGCAUGAAGCGGUGGAACCAACGACGAUGACGAUGACGAGUGAUGGAGCAGCGGAUGCGGCCAUGGAUGUGGAGGGUGUAUUGCGCGUCGAUGUGCCGUUGCCUCGCGUGACGACGACAAUGAUGGUGGGCGAUACACGCACACACAAAUGUGAGAGAGAAGAAGGCACAAGGCGCAUGUGUGCGGGUUUCCCCAACCGAAUUUCCUUCCUCAUUUCCCAACCUAUCGCCUUUGCUCUGUGUCAUCAUCAUCAUCGGCCUUUCCCAUGUGAUGUGGCGCGGUUGACGCGUGAUCGAGACAGCCGCCAACACAGGCAUACACGCAGGCAGGCAUGCAAGCUUGUGCUGCUGCUGGUGCUGCUGUGAUGACGGCCGUGCGUGUGCACGUGCGCUGUGCACCGUGUUUGGGGCUGCACUGAUGAAGACAAGGAAAGACACGGCCCGUGCCCACCACUCUUCCCCUGUCAUCUCCUCUUUCUGCUCCAUCAGCGAUGACGAUGGUGGCCGUGACAUGUGAUUGCGGUUCCCUUGUUUGGCUUCGCUGUGGCACAUCGGCUAGCUGUCUGGCUGCAUCAAGCACAGCAGGCAACACACGGCAGUGGAUGCUGGAUUGGAUUGGCUGGGGUUGACUGGCCAUCGUGUCGUGUCGCCUAUGUCUCCCUCCCCUUGCUCAUCUCAACUGGGAACACACACGGCGAUGUGUGCGUGUGUGCAUGUGUGUGCAUCGCCAUCAACCACGCCGACAGCAACACGAUGUACGAGGUGAGGGCACGCGAUAUUGUGUGUGUUUGGU